CACCUCCCAAUUUCCAUGUCCUCCUCAAUUUCUUAAACAUUAAAAUCAAAAAUCAUCCGUCACCCGUCGUGACUCAUGACUCUCAUGAUUUUAACAAAGUGCAUUACUAAAUUGACUGUUUAGCUACUCUUCCUCCAGUUCCUUGUCAAAUCACUCCAUUCUCAUUGUAAUUCUCAAUUCUUCAGAAAUCAAUUUCAAAUCUACAAGAAACAGAACCCCAAUUUCCGUAAUUCGUAAUGCAAAACUUCAUUUUCGAAGCCGAUGAUUAUGAAUUCGGCACUUUUCACUGGUUUCUAUAUGCUGGAAUUUCAUGUGUUUUGGUUAUUUUUGCUGGAAUUAUGUCUGGUCUUACUCUUGGUUUGAUGUCUCUUGGUCUUGUUGAGCUUGAAAUUCUUCAGCGCAGUGGUUCUUCUAAUGAGAAGAAACAAGCAGCUGCAAUUCUACCAGUUGUGCAAAAGCAACAUCAACUUCUUGUGACCUUGCUUUUAUGCAACGCUUGUGCAUCAGAAGCCCUGCCUAUAUACUUGGAUAAGAUUUUUCAUCCUUUUGUUGCAGUUGUGCUCUCUGUUACCUUUGUUCUUGCUUUUGGAGAGGUUAUUCCACAAGCCAUCUGCACGAGAUAUGGACUUGCAGUAGGUGCAAAUUUCGUUUGGCUUGUGCGUAUACUUAUGAUAAUUUGUUAUCCUAUUGCUUUUCCUAUAAGCAAGGUGCUGGAUGCAAUUCUUGGACAUGAUACUACAUUAUUUAGGCGAGCGCAAUUAAAAGCCCUGGUCUCUAUACACAGCAUGGAGGAAGGUAAGGGUGGAGAAUUGACACACGAUGAGACAACAAUAAUCAGUGGAGCACUGGAUUUGACGGAGAAGACAGCUGUAGAGGCAAUGACACCCAUAGAAUCAACGUUUUCCCUAGAUGUGAACUCCAAGCUUGACUGGGAAGCAAUGGGAAAAAUACUUGCACGUGGUCAUAGUCGUGUUCCUGUAUAUUCUGGGAACCCUAAAAACAUUAUAGGACUGUUGCUGGUGAAAAGCCUACUCACAGUGCGGCCAGAAACUGAUACUCCAGUCAGUGCAGUUUCUAUUCGCAGAAUUCCACGGGUUCCUGGAGACAUGCCCCUCUAUGAUAUCCUAAACGAGUUUCAAAAAGGAAGCAGCCAUAUGGCUGCUGUGGUGGAAGUCAAAUUAAAAACUAAAGAAAGUCGGCAAGUCAACAAUAAAGAACAAGUUGAAAUAUAUAGUCCUCCUGUUGACCCCGAAUUGACAACCCCUUUGCUUCAAAAAGCUGACAAAAAAUUAGAUUGUGUUCUUGAUAUGGAUCAACAGCUUUGGACAGGAAAAAAGAAUAGCCAAAAUCUUGACGAGAAUAAUGAUAAACCCAACGGAUUUCUUGAUUGUUCGGAAGAUAUUGAAGAUGGGGAUGUUAUUGGAAUUAUUACAUUAGAGGACGUCUUCGAGGAACUUUUGCAGGAAGAGAUUGUUGACGAGACUGAUGUUUAUGUUGAUGUACAUAAAAGGAUACGUGUUGCCGCGGUAGCAGCUGCAACAUCCGUUGCGCGAACUCCAUCUGUCUCCCGUAAACUAGUUGCUCAAAAGGGAGAGCAAAACAGGCCCGCGAAGUUGUGAAGAAGUCUGAACAAAACUUCCACAUCAAAUGAUGCCUGAAAACCUGUUCUGCCACAAUGUGUCAUAUAUGCCACCUCAAUACUGAGUUCCCGUUUUUCAGUAGUAUAUUCCACAAAGAAAUAGGCUAAGCAGGGUCGUUUUGAUCCGUUUCUACUAAAGGAGCUGUAUAUUAUACUGUAAUCGUAGCUGUUAAAAGUUAGUUUUGUAUCUAAUGAUGUUAGCAGACUCGGGGGUUGAACAAUCUGGAAAAGGUUUACCAUUACUGAGUUUGCAGAUUGUUCAAUGAAAUGGUUAUGUCAGUGCAUUUACUUUGUAGAUAUAGUGCAUGCACUGAUGCACCUGAUUACAGAAACUUUGUCUAUGCCAAGAACCCCUUUACUAAUUUAGUCGAGUAUAUAUUCUGUAAUUCUGACUUAGAAGUUGAAAUUCACAUCCAAAUACUAAAAUUCGGUUUCAAAGUACUCUUUGAAACAGGCUGUAAAGUUCAUUGGUACCUGAAGCAUGACGAUAAACCUCGUCAAUAGCAAUAUAUUUUCAAUAACCAAACGGCCUGUUAAGAUCAUAGUAACACGUAUUGUAUAGUUGAAUCAGGAGGAUGAAAUUCUUGAUCAAUUAGGUAAGCAGGAAGGAUUCACAUGCUUGCCUGCAUCAAAAUCAGUCAUUCUUGAGUUAACUCUUACAUAAAGAAAUAGGCUUACAAAUGUUGAGAUGGUAAUGUAUAUUGUCUCAAAGGACUGCCAAGGAGCUGCUCUAGUAUGGUUGUUAAAAACCAUUCACACCUUCUUUUAUGUCUCCUAACUAAUAAUUUAUCCUUAUUUAGUCAUUUUGAUCUAUCUUCAGAAGCCCGUGUUUAAGUAAAUAUAACAACAAUGUCAAAGCUUUAAUUUGGUAACAAGAUAAUGUGAUUAUCGUAUAGUCAA